AUGCCAAUUCUGACACUGCCGGUGGAAAAUAAAUAUUUCAUUUUUGAUUGUGAUGCUUCACAUUCGGGCUUGGGUGUUAUGUUAAUGCAGGAAAUAAAUGACCUGAAUUUGAGGCAUAGAAGGUGGAUAGAGUUACUCAAGGAUUAUGAUGUUAUCAUCCAGUAUCAUCCAAGUAAGUCGAAUGUGGUGGUGGACACACUAAGCCGGAAGACUAGAAAGGUGGCUAGCAUUGAAAUUAGGCCUAUUUUCAUUGACGAGAUCAAGGCCAAGCAGUUUGAGGAUGAGAGUUUGAAUGAGCUCAGAAAAAGGACAGUGUCUGUUAAGGCACAAGAUGUGGUUCUGGAUGCGGGAGGCGUGCUCAGUUUUAAGGGAAGACUCUGUGUUCCCCGAGUGGAUGACUUGAUUCAGAAGAUGUUGACAGAAUCCCAUGGUUUGUGGUAUUCCAUUCAUAUGGGUGUGACCAAGAUGUACAGAGAUUUGAAAUGA